AACAGUUCACCGCGGCAUGCAUCACCUCAAAGCUUUCGCCUCUCGUCUCGGGGAGAAAGCAAGCUCGACCCCGCAGGGGCCCCUCGCUCCUGAGCCCAAUGUCCAAACCUACUGGCGGGCCGACUUUUCCUCCCUCGACGCCGUCGCGCGCGAGUGGGAGUAUGAAACAGGUGCUCACGGCUGGGGCAACCAAGAGCUUCAGAACUACACCCCUCCAGGGCAUAAUACCCUCGUCACUCCCGCAGGGGAGCUCGUCAUUCUCGCUCGUGCACGCGCCUUCCGCCCGCCCGAGCCGCCACCGGGGCAGUACACGAGCGCGAGGCUCACGAGCCGGCAGACGUUCGCGCGCGCGAGGGGCUAUGUGCACGCGGUGCUCGCCGUACCGUGUGCGCAGGGAGUGUGGCCUGCUUUCUGGGCGAUGCCGUUCAACGUAAAGUGGCCCGACGACGGCGAAGUGGACAUCAUGGAGACGUGGAACGGCAAGGGCUCAAACGGAUCGUGCCUUCACUGGGGCCAAUACAAUGGCGCGGAUAACCAGAAGCACCGCGUGCGGGAUACCCAGAUGCCCAACAUGGAUGCCUUCCACGAGUAUGGUUUCUCAUGGGAUGAGUCUGGCCACUGCGUCUGGUUCAUUGACGGGCGGCCCGUCAUGCGUGCGCAGGCGCCAAAGACGAUCAGGCCGUUCGCCGAGUUUCAGGUCAAACUCAAUGUCGCUAUGGGAGGAAAUGUGACCGGAGGGAGGACACCGGCGGAUGGAGAGUACAGGAUGACAGUGAGCUCUGUGGAGAUGCAGGACCGCCCGCCAGGCGGGUGGGAGACGCUUUCACACAUCUGGAGCAGCAUUCCGGAGGGUAAUACGAUGUGAGUGGUGAGCGAGGGCCGUUUCAAUCGGUAUGUUAUUUGAUAUCCAUUCAGCGUACUUCACUUGUGUAGGAUAAGACAUGUCUUGCUUGAAAUUCCAAAUUAUCUGC